AUGCAGGCGCUGCGCCGCACCUUCAGCUGUCUUGCUGCAGCAGCAAAGGUGCUGCGGGGAGUUAAACAAAGAGAAGAGGAUUUGCUGCUGCCUUUCUCUGGCCUCAGCUUCGACAGCAGCAACAAACCCCAGCAGCAGCAGCAGCAGCAACAGCAGCAGCAGCAGCAGCAGCAGCAGGGGCUGGAUGCAGCAAAAGAGGGGACGUUGCUCUGGGAAUAUAAACAGGGGGGGGAGGUGAUGUGUGGGGUGUUGGGGGCGCGGGAGGAGACGAUCCCGGUGUACGAUGCUGGCUCCCGCUGCUGCUGCUGCUGCAGCAUACACCCCAUCAACAGCUAUCUUAUAGAUCUAUAUAUACACGGAAAACUAGCCAGAGUUGCUGCUGAGAAUGGGAUACCACCAGAGCAUCUGUGGCUGCUGCUGCAGCAGUUCGUUCUUUCUCUUAAUAGACUCAAUAAAGGGCUGCUGCUGCUGCUGCAGCAGCUGCAGCAGCAGCAGCAGCAAAGCAGCAGCAGCAGCAGCACGCUGCAGCAACUCAUGCAGCUGCAGCAAAUCGUUGAAGGCAUCUAUACGCAGCAGCAGCACGCUGCAGCAACUCAUGCAGCUGCAGCAAAUCGUUGA